AUAAACAGAGCUUUAGCACAAGGGACUACUGUGUGCUUAAGACAUUGUGUAGAACUACUCUAAUACUGGAUUUGGGGCACACAGAGCUGAAAAAAAGUGAGUCACUAAAAUAAUCUACAGAAAUGCUGUCUCUGACAACUGAGAAUUAUUUUCAUGACAUGUGAUUACAAAACAGGCUUACAAGGGAAAGAUCUAUUGACACUGGCCAAAAAAAGAUAAAAAGAAUAAAAAAGAGCCAAGAAAAGAGUCAGAGCCUGGAAACAAAAAUCAAACACAGCCACCUAGUUACAGAAUGGCAAUCUACUUCUAUUCAGCAUUUCUUACUGAUAGAUGCGAGUUCACAUGGAAGUAAAGCCUCCUGAUGUUUCAGUGGGAUUAAAAGCGUUCCUACCGCUCAAAGUGUUGCAUACGGCUCCUGUACUGCAGUUGUGGAGAAAACCUGUCUUAGCUGUUGCAAAACUCGUGUAUGGUGAGAUACCAGCCAAACAUUUCUGAAUGCACAGGACUGAGUGGCGGGUGGAGCGCUGACCCUGCAGGAAAAGCUAGGAUCUUUCCUGUACUGCUUUUGUCAAGAAGUGUGCAUGAGUAGGAGAGUUUUCCGGGUCUGUUCUCUGUGUAGUGAAAGUAAGUGCUGACUUAAUUGUUAAAGACGGCAAUGGUAACGGUUCUGCAGCAGCAAGAAUCUGCUGGUGUUCUGAGGACUGCUUCCAGUGCUUCUUUAAGCAAAUCCCUGCUGCGUGAAGUGCUGUGAAGAGCAGUUAUAAAGAGCCCUGGGCAGCUGGUGUGAGACUUGUGGGGCCGUUCUGCACAGCCCAAGGUUCCCCUAUUCCCAUGUACAGAUAAGCUGCAUUACGCUCCCCUUGGAGCAGUGCCAUGCUGUCAUGACAGUUGUUCAAGGCUGGUCCCGGCCGAUUCGGUUCACAGCUUGAGCACUGCUUUCCUUAUCCCUGUUUGCAUUGCGCAACAGCUUUACUGACAGAGUAUAAAGGCAGCGCACAGAGUCGAUCAGGGUGUGAGUAGGCUGCAGAGUGGCAACUGAGAAGAACAUGCUGCUGUCCGUGAUCCUCACCGCCGGGCUCACAGCACUCGUAGCUACUGGGCAAAAAGCAGAGCAGCCAGAAGUGGUGACCAAAUACGGCACUGCCCGAGGAUACCAAAUCAAAGUUGAUGCGGCUGAGAGGAGCGUAAAUGUCUUUCUGGGACUUCCUUUUGCUAAGCCUCCUGUUGGACCACUGAGGUUUUCUGAGCCCCAGCCUCCUGAGCCAUGGCAAGGUGUCAGAGAUGCCACUUCCUACCCACCAAUGUGUCUACAGGAUAAAGUAACAGGGCAGUUUGUUUCAGAUUUAGUUACUAAUAGAAAAGAAAAAGUUCAUCUCCAGGUGUCUGAAGAUUGCUUAUACCUGAAUAUAUAUACACCUGUUUCUACAAAAACACAGGAGAAGCUGCCGGUCUUUGUAUGGAUCCAUGGAGGUGCAUUAGUUUUUGGAGCAGCAUCAUCCUAUGAUGGCUCAGCAUUAGCAGCCUUUGACAACGUGGUUGUUGUGGCAAUUCAGUACAGAUUGGGUAUAGCUGGAUACUUUAGCACUGGGGAUAGGCAUGCUCGUGGUAACUGGGGGUAUUUGGACCAAGUGGCAGCUCUUCAGUGGAUUCAGGAAAAUAUCAUACACUUUGGAGGAGACCCGGGAUCUGUCACCAUCUGUGGUGAAUCUGCAGGGGGAAUCAGUGUAUCUGCUCUGGUCUUAUCUCCACUGGCAAAGGGCUUGUUCCACAAGGCCAUUUCAGAGAGUGGUACUACAAUUAGGAUUUUAUUCACUGAAAAGCCUGAGGAGGAAGCACAGAGAAUUGCUGCUGCAUCUGGCUGCGAAAAGUCCAGUUCUGCCGCUCUGGUUGAAUGCUUAAGAGGAAAAACAGAGGAAGAGAUAGUACAGAUAACUCUAAAAAUGGCAGCUGUGCACAUCAGUGCCUGUGUGGAUGGUGUAUUUCUUCCAAAGAGUCCCAGGCAAUUACUGUCUGAAAAAGCAAUCAAUGCAAUCCCCUAUAUACUAGGAAUAAAUAACUGCGAAUUUGGAUGGGGCAUUCCUAAAAUGAUGAAAUUUCCUGAUUUUACACACGGUCUGGACAAAGAAGUUGCGUAUCAAUUGUUACAGAACUCAUUAGAGUCAUCAUUUGAGGGUGUUUCUUCUCACAUUGUUGAUCUUGUAUUCAAUGAAUACAUUGGGAAAGCAGAGAGCCGUGCUCAGGUGCGAGAUGGCCUUCUUGAUGCAAUAGGAGAUCACAUGUUUGUUUUCUCUGCCAUUGAAGUGGCUAGGUACCACAGAGAUGCUGGCCACCCAGUCUACUUCUAUGAAUUUCAACAUCGACCAAGCUCAGCCUCAGGUGUCGUUCCAGAGUUUGUAAAAGCAGAUCAUGGAAGUGAGGUUGCCUUUGUCUUUGGAAGGCCAUUCUUAGCAGGGAAUGCUACGGAAGGAGAAAGUAAACUUAGCAGAACUGUUAUGAAGUACUGGACUAACUUUGCUAGAAACGGAAAUCCCAAUGGGGAAGGCUUGGUGCAUUGGCCUCAGUAUGGUCUGGAUGAAAGAUACCUGGAAAUAGACCUCAUACAAAAGGCAGCAAAGAAACUGAAAGAAGACAAAAUGGAGUUUUGGGUACAGCUCACAGAACAGAUGAGGAGUGAAAGAAGGCGAGAGCACACAGAUUUGUGAGAGCUGCAGAGGAUACAUUUUCCUUGUAAAACCUGAAGUCAAAAUUAAUUUGUCAGAAUGCCGAUUUUAAUCUUGACUUUCUACUCACUAAUAUGCAAAUUGUUGUCAUGAUCCCAGUGAAAGGAGACAAUGAAGGGAAGUGCAAAAUGCUCUUGGAAAUAAAAAUCAAUAAUGAAGUGAGCAGGUAAAAAUAAACAGUCCUUCAGGCUCAGACAGACUCUAGCAUCUUCUCAGUGGAUAUCUAAAUUGAAUGGUGUUCCUUUGAAAAGGGAGAAGGAGGGGAAUAUUAGUAAAUACACUGAAAUCAAUAAGAAGUUAUACAGAAUAUAUGAUAGGUUUCAGAAUAUACUGUAUAUUCAUUCCACUCUUUUUAUCAAGAAGAUUGAGUGUGAUACUCCUUCCACCUCUUUUCACUUACUUUUAGUAAGUGAAAUAGGAAGGAAAUAGCUUGAGAGGAGGAGAGCGUCUAUCGAAAAAGUGCCAUGAGAUCACGUGUUUUCUUCUUCUGUAAAUUGUUAGAAAUACGUUGUACUUAUGAUUUUUGGGAUGUAUUUUCUUUCACAUAAUUUAGGCUGAUUCCAAGAGAGUGCUGUGAAGGCCACUAACAAGUAUGAACAAAGAACUUCUAUUAAAGUGCAAACUGAUAA